UAAAAACGAAACUGUUAAAUUAUAAAUUAAAUCAAAUCUGAGCUAAAUGCAAGCAACAAGUUGUUCAACUAACAAUCAUGUUUUGGCCAAAACAAUAUCCAGGCACUGUUUGCCUUUGGUUGCUGCUUUGUCUGCUCCACUCGCACAAUGUUGAAAGCUUUGUCGUGCCACAGGAACUACAAUCGUUUCUAUCUUUGGUUUACUCUAAUAUACCACCUAUUAAAAAAGGCACCGAUUCGCGUGUUGGCUUUGGCUUUCGUCUAGGCGAUCAUGCUGACUUCCAAGUUAUGCUUGAGCUGGGACCACAGAAGGAAACACGUCCCUUGGGCGAGGCCAGCAAGGAUGAUCCAUCGUUUAACAAGCGUCAAGUAAGCGCCACUGAUCUGCAAGAACAAAUACGCAAGCAACAGUUCUUGAGCACCACUGAACGCAAUGCGGCAAGUUGGCUGGAAACUUGGUCAAGUGGCAUGCAGCCACAGGCUGGAAAAGUCAAAUCAAAGCCUCGUAUUAAACAAAUAGCUAAAGUUGCAGCACCCACCAAACCACAAAUGGAUGCAAUGCAGCAACUGAAAAUGUUAUACAAAAUGGCUAACAAUGCUUCUGCAACAUCAACGACAACGACAACAACAGCAGCACCCUUAGUGCGUGGGGCAUUAAAAUUAGGUGGUCCAAGUGGCUUCACAUUGCCACCGCCUGCUCUAACACAGGACACGAAUGCCUUGGGCAACAUUAAACCCAUCAAAAAUAGCGCUAAAAUAAGUGAAGAGCUUAUGAACGUCAGUCUAGAGGCUUAGUUGUAGUUAAGCUAACAUUAUAUUUAAAUAGUGAAUCUAUGUAUGUGGCAAUCAACUAUAAAUAU